UUUAACUAAGUUUUUCUCAGACUAUUUUUUCCCUACAAUGGCCCUAAUAACAGGUUUUACAGGGCAUGUGCCAAAAUCCCGCUUCCUAAUUGGCAAAGGUUACCCCAUCACUACCAACCAGGCACUGAUCCAAUUUGGAAAGCAGCAGCAGAGUGACCCCACGUCCCAAGACAUCCCAAACAGGAAGGACAGUACAAUAACCACUCUUCCCACUAUCUAUCCAUCAAACAGAGGUGUGGUUCCGUCAUUCACAGGACACAUCCCAGGAUACCAGUUCAUGUAUGGACACACCUUUGGUCAACUUUCCCAGAACGCACUGGAAAAGAGUGGCAUCAAGAGGAUCCUUCAGGCAAAGUCAUGAAACCAUCAUACACUUAAAAUGAUCAUUAUUAGCAAGAUAAAGGAGUUGUGACAACAAGUCAAAUAAAAGAACUUAUCCAUGAAAACAAUUUGUGCUGAAAUACAAAAACAUGUGGCACAUGCAUAAACAUUUGUACUGUUCACUGUUGGCAUACAAGAAGAAAACAGGUAAAU